AUGGAGCGAAUGUGGAAAAAGUAUACCGAGGAUUUGCCUGAGCCAAGGCCUAGCCGACUGCCAACCGUGACUGAAGGCCGAGUUGUCAUCUUGACCGGUUCCACAGGAAUGCUUGGUUCGUAUAUGCUAGCCCGCUUGGUAUCGGAUCCCCAGGGCAAUGGAAUGAUUCAGAGGGGGCUCACUACCGACUUCUCCAAGUGCACCUUUCAUCAUGUAGACAUGACAAAGCAAGACUUUGGGCUAGGCUCUCGCGUCUACGACCAUCUCCUUAGCAAGGCGGAUGGUAUCUUCCUCGUGGCGUGGCCAGUGAAUUUCAACUUGCCAUUUGAGACUUUCGAACCAUAUGUCCAUGGUAUCCGCAACGUCGGAAAAUUUGCAUCAGAAGAUCUGAAAUGCGUUGCGGCCAUCUUCAUCUCCACGAUCGACACCUGCAGCGGUUGGGAUGCUGUCAAGGGGCCCGUUCCAGAGUUGAGACUAGAAGAUCUCAAACUCCCAAGCACAGGAUAUGGACAGAGCAAGCUGAUUGCUAGUCUUGUACUUGAAGACGUGGCCAACGCUGGCAACUUCCCAGCUACCAUUGUUCGUGUCGGCCAGAUCGCCGGUUCCGAACACGAGACGCACAUCGGUGUGUGGAACAGGCACGACGACUUGGCACAGAAGAGCAGGGUUGACUGGGUGCCAGCUGAGAAGAUGGUGAGUUUCAUUUUCGAGGUUGCUGGGGAGAGUGGAUAUUUCCAUGGUGUCAACCCUGCGGCCACGACAUGGCCCGAACUGGCACGCGUGAUUCAGGAAUUCUACGGCCAAAAUCGUAUGUCCGAGGUCGUGAGCUUUAGAGACUGGGUUGGGCGCCUUGAGGAGAGCCAGACAGACGACGCUCAAAUACUACACAGCAACCCGAGCUUGAAGCUGCCAUAUUUAAACCAGUCUAUCUCUGCCGCUGAGGGUCAAGGGAAGUUCCCAUGCAUAAGCUUGAAAAGAGAUUAUAUUCCUAGUUAG